AGUUACAAAUGCACGAGGAAGAUCUACGCCAGCAAGAGGAGGUGAGUAGCGCUAACCGGAAUCGCAGGUCUGAAGUGUAUACAAAUGUUUGUUCCAACUACAAAAACCCAUUCAGCUAUACUGAUUCAGUAUAGUUACUAUGGAUUGUUCAUCUUGUGUUAUACCAAAGGCUCUACGUGUGUAUACAGCUAUUUCAAUUAAGGUUGUCCCCCGAGCAAAGCGGAAAGUCGACUACGAGCGCGAAAGGCUGCUGGGAAUCGCUAAUAAAUGAAUGAAUUUAUUAGCGAUUCCCAGCAGCCUUUCGCGCUCGUAUUCGACUUUUCCGCUUUGCUCGGGGGACAACCUCAAUUGAAAUAGCUGUAUACAGUUAUUUCAAUUAAGGUUGAGCGGAAAAGUCGAAUACGAGCGCGAAAGGCUUGCUGGGAAUCGCUAAAAAAUUCCUUAAUUUUUUAGCGAUUCCCAGCAAGCAUUUCGCGCUCGUAUUCGACUUUUCCGCUUUGCUCGCGGACAACCUUAAUUGAAAUAGCUGCAUGUAUACACGCUUGGAAAAGUUUAAAUAUUUGGUUAAAAAUGGUUAAAUAUUUCUUAUGAAGUGCUUAAAUGAGUAAAAGGACGGCAUUUACAAAAGUUUUGUGUAUGAUUUAAAGUGUACUUGUUGCAGUAAUUCUACUUAGAAUUUAGAAAGAUUUAAACUUUUCCGUGGGUGUAUAUAUACGCUUAUGUGAAAACGUUUAACUGGAAAGCUGCAGCCUUAAGACAGAUGGCUCAAAAUAACGGGAGAUAGAUCUCCGAUCAAAAUUACCAGUCAACUUGAUUUUAUCCAGUCAUUGAUACGCUUACACUAACAGUGAAACAAACUAUUAGAAACUUGUUUCGAUAGAUCAUAGUUUCAUGUUUUAAUUCAAGACGUCAGCAAUCACAUUGGAAGGCAUGAAAAUGUGGCCGGUCAAAAUGACCGGUGAGGUAAAAAUGUGAACGGUCAAGAGGCAUUUUUGGCCGGUCAUUGUCAGUUGACCAGCCGUUAUUUUGAGCCCUGGAUGAUCGUCGGCGGAUAACGUACCUUGGCAGAUGAUGUUUCUUCAGUAUACUAUAGGUCAAGCAAUUCACGCAUCUUGUUCUCUUCUAGGAGUUCUAUGCGGCCAAACGCGAGGCUUCGCGAGCAGCGAGGCAAGAAAAAACCAAACAUGAAAAGGGAAGUAGUAAAAACAAAACAGAUGAAAAUUUGAAGAAAAUUCUUGACGAUUCAGCAUUUGCAUCCUGGUUGUCAGAUGAAGAUGAUGAACUUGAUGAGUAAGUCUUAAAAAUGUUUCAGGCCAACACAUUAUUUUCUGAGGAUCAGUUGCUUGAUUUUUGAUUUUUUAAACCACGCCUUAUGGGAUUUUAAUUCAGUCUUAAUUUAUGCUCAUUUUAUUGCAUUAGUAUAUGAUAUUAUUAGCCGUCCUCGUUGCAGUUUCGUUCGGCCUAUGACGUUCUUACAAAUAACAGUAGUACUAGGUAGUUAUAAAUAAACAGCAGUUUUAAAAGUGUAAAAUUCAAGGCUGUUUCUUCUCACGUUCCCGUACUAGAUUAAACCUUGCUUAUAAGUUCGCUAAUGUUUGUCGAAAGCAUUUGCUUCAAUUAUCAAAAGUGCAAUAUAUGUGCAUAUUCGCAGACAAUUUUUUUAUCUGCCACUGCAUGUUUGUCUAUAAAAAAAUUAAGUGAGAAGAAUAGUAUUACUCACUAAUUUCUGCAAAAACAAAAAAAUAUUCAACUUCAAUAGAACUUUUUGAAAAUGCAUACAGUACAAUAUACAUGACCGUGGAGAUAAAUAUCUGCAUGAGGAUUAUUUUUGGCAUCUCGCUCAAUUAAACUAAUUCUAUUAAAUUAAACUAAAAUUUUAUAUAUUUAUAUAGACCUAUAGCAGUUGCAUUUUUAGCAGCUGCUCCUGCUCUAAAUAAAUGUAUAGAAUUUACACUCGAAUUCUCGAAAUAUCCGAUUACAAAACCCUUCAACAUGGAAUGUACAUGCAGAUACAGUAUUUUAGUUCAGCGAGUGUUUAUUGUAGUUUUGAGUUGCACGGAUCGCGUAAUUCUUAUUUUCUUUGACUUUAGUCACGAUCUUGACACUCAAGAAUUUGAAGAGUUUUUACAAAAAGUGAGACAGACUACCUACCCUGGAGGUCCAGCCGGUAAGUCAUUGACAUUUAGCAA